UCCCGCAAUCCCCUUCUAGAAGGAGGAGGAGGGAGGAGGAGGGAAUCCACUCUCGCUCCCAACGCAGGGGGGCAGACGUUCGUGUAUAUAUAUAUAUGUACAUACAUACACAGACCCGGGCAUCACAGCCACCCACCCACUGGUACGUCUAGCCCACCUCUGGGUCGGGGACUGCCCUCUUUUGUGUGUGCCUGCGAGUCGGAGCCAUUCACUCACUCACUCACUGGCUCCUGCAAGACAGAAGCACUCGGACGCCCCGGCGGCAUCAAAAGGGGCUCAGACCGAAGGCUGGUGGGGAAUCACCUGGCAAACUUCACGCGUGAUGGCGGCGCGGGCGAAAGGUCGGCGAGAGCUCCCGCUUGGGCUCCAGCGAGGCUGCGGAUUCGAGGGAUAGGCAAGCCAGAGAAAGGCGGGAGCCGCAAUGCCUGUUGCUUGGAAGGGGACGGCGGAGGAUUUCCUCGCCCGCGGCGGAGGAGGAGGAGGAGGAGGCUGGGGGAGGCGAGUGGCCACGAAAGAUAGUGUCCCUUGAGCUGCCAUCUUCAAAACUCCCUGAGGGGCAGAAGAAAGUACAAGAAGCAACUGAUGACGGAGUGGAUGCCCUGUCUUCCAGAUGCCCCGACAUGCCUUUUCUGGACUGGUUCCUCUACCAUUCAUUUGCCAUGUGGUUGCUCCUCCACAGUUUUGUUCUGAUGGCCUUUUGCUUCCACUCGGCCACCACCUUUCCCAAGGGCUGCUAUCCCUCCACUGAAGAUGGCUUCAAAACGUUCCGUUGCAGCAGAGCUCAACUUACAGUUAUCCCGAAAGAUAUCCCUAAUGAUACCAACAAAUUGUACCUGGAUUACAACCAGAUUUCUUUCUUGCCCAAUGACGCCUUUCAGAAUUUGCCUCUGCUAGUGGAACUAGACUUGUCGCACAAUGUCAUCAGUCGCGUGGAGGUUGGAGCCUUCCGGGGCUUGUCAGAACAUCUGCAUUUUUUGGACCUUUCUUCCAACAAAUUAGUAUCGGUCAACAAAGAUGUCUUUAACUCUCUCAAAGCCAAAGCCAACCUAUCCAGCAAUCCUUGGCUCUGUGACUGCACACUCCAACAACUCAUUGAGAGGGUCGAGCUGGUUGCUGGCACCUCUGAUGGUAUUGUGUGUGAUGCCUCUGCCCGAAAAGAGCAUGUUGGCAAGCCUUUCUUACAAUUAGUUGGAGACAUAGACUUCUGCAACAUCUACAAAAAGACCACAGACAUCGCCAUGCUGGUCACCAUGUUCGGCUGGUUCGCCAUGGUGAUCUCAUACUUGAUCUAUUACGUCAGGCAGAACCAAGAAGAUGCCCGACGACACCUAGAAUAUCUCAAAUCUUUGCCUAGCAAGCAGAAGAAGUCAGAAGAGUCGUCUACAAUUAGCACUGUGGUGUGACCAAAAACAAAACACAAACCCUCCCACCCCAUUCUUAGAAAACUAUAGGUCUGCUGGAGUAGAUGGAUCCAUUCCACAUCUACUUCAACUGGAUCAUGGCUGCCAGAAGCUGGAAUACACAAUGGCUGAAAAGACUGUUAUUAAACAAGCAAGCAAGCAAGCAAGCAAAGACUUCGGGAGAGUCUUGUUCAUCUGAAAGACCCCCCUUCACCUUUGUUUCUAAGCACCGAACAUAAAAAACCAUGUUAGAGUCACAGCCAUGGUUGAAUUCCUCGGCACACUACAAAAUAGGAGUUAAUGCCAGGUGGAAUUCAACAGUUCACAUCCCUACAGUGUGAACUUCACACAGGCACUGUGCACUCCUCUUUCUCUCAAUAUUAAUUGUUGUAAAUCUGAGGAUCUAGGAUGUAUUUUUAUUAUUCAGCACUCCGGUGAUAAAACAGAUUGGGAGCAAGAGGAUUCUGCUGUAUUCUGCCUCAAGAAGAGAUUUAUAGAAAACUAGGUUUAGGAAAAGACCGAGAAGUAUCCAGGCAGAUCCUACAUAUGUUUACUCAGAUGUCAGUCCCACUGUGAGUUGUAGGGCUUGCUCCUAAGUAAGUGUAGAUAGGAUUGCGGUUUCAAGGCCUGGGGUACAGAAACUCCAAGCAGCUGCAAUCUAGAGUAAUUACUAAGUGCUGGAAGCCUUCUGAGCUUGUUAUUAAUGUGCAAGAUUAGAAGAGAUGAAACAAAUUACUCCGUCCCAUUAAUACUGGCUGUUCUCUUUGAACACAAAUUAACAGCACCACCAGUUCCCCCCCAGACACUUCAUAUUAGAAAUGCUUUUUUAAAAGAAAUACUUUUCUUCUUUGCAGGAAUCAUUAAGUACAAGGUGAAGGGAAGUGUCUGUGUUUUGAACUUUUCAGCCAUUCUCUCACAGUUCUUAUUGCUGUUGGGGGUGGCUGCUGGGAGAUGGACAAUCUUAGUUAGUUAAAAGUGAUGUAGAAAAACAAAUCAUACCCAUGCCAGCUUUCAAGGAAUGCAACGAAAACACGUACAAAUGUCCUUGAUCCAGAGAAUAGCAGGAGCAGCAGAAGGCUAUGGCUCAAGUGUGGGUGCCUACAGACAAAUACAUCCUAGCUCUUAAGCUAAUACAGAAGCAAAUUUCUGUAGUUCCCUUAGGUAUGGUGGGCAACCUGCAGCUACUAUGUGGCCUUCAGAUUGUUCUCAUGUACCUCCUUGGCCUUAUUCCAGAAGCUCUUUUCAUAUGGUUCGUUAGGCCUGUGAAACUCUCUCUGUCUUGAUUCUCCUGAGUUAAUUUCUCACCUGGGUUUUCUUCUUGUCCUUGAGUGAUUUCAGGGGUUUUUUUUUGUUUCCAUGUUGAAAUUUGCACAUUUUUUCAUGUUUUUUUUCUUCAUGUUUGCACCAUUUACUUAAUUUGUGCAUAUUUUCCCAUUGGCUAAAGUGUGUUUCUUUAUACUUUAAAACAAUUGUGUUAAUUUAA